AUGAGUUUAAGAACGCCGAAGAGAAGCAGGACCAAUGAGGAACACGAACAUGAGCACGAGCACGAGCACGAACAAGAGCAAGAGCAGUUAAAGAACCAAGAUACACAUACACCCCAGUACCAACACCAACCGAGGUCUACAACCCUCUUGAGCACACCGGUCCGUAUUAAGAAUGGCUUUGGCACACCGUCACCGCCGUCUCCACCAGGUACAACCAAGAGCAUCACCAAAUCAAGGAGGAGGCCGUCAACGACAACCCUCCAAGGCAUAUUCAUGUCGCCCGUUAACAAGCGUCGUGUAGCGCAAGCUGAACAUGGACGUGUAUUCGAUCAUAACAACGUCGGGCACGAAAGUGAGAGUGACGACGACGAAAACGAAAACGAAAAUGACAACAACCAAGACGGUCACGUUGGCAUGUCCUUGUUGCCACCGACAACGCCUAAAUCAAGGCGGUCGGAGGUGUUUCUGUCGCCGUCGCCGCGUCUGAGGUCACCUCCAACGGCUGUGCGUCGGUCUGCGGGCGAGCGGCCUAUCCGCGAAAUAUCACAUACACUGCGCACCAGGCUUAAUUACGCACUAGUCAAGCUGCAAAAUGGGUGGACGGAUAAGACACUUCCCGAGUUAGAGACAGAACUUGCACCCGCAGCACAAACAUCGCCACGGCGCUAUCAUAACAGGUUUCCGGAUAGUGCGGAUGCAGGUACUUCUGCGCACACAGCGUUUCUCCAGGCGCUGGGAGGACACCCACCGCGAGAAGAGGCUACUGCAGUUGAAACACUAAUGCUACUGUCGUCACCCACCAAAAAACAGCAGCAUCGACCUGUCACGGCAACGUCCGCUGGAGAGCUCGCAGACGACACGGAACCCGAGUCGGACACCGAAGUGGAGACGUCGUAA